GCAGGACUGGUAAACAGUGCGCACAGCGCCUCGAUCUGUCUUUCUUCUUUCCUUUCUCCCUCAACUCUGAAACGACAACCUCAUUGUUGCUGCUGCUCUCUGUUGACGAUCGGAUCUCCUUGUCUUGCACCCCCCCAGCUCAGUCGUCUGCGAUCCAAAUUAACCUGUUCGCUCUUAUGUCCGUGGCUUGCCAUCCCUGGUUUCCCCAUGUCACAUCCGCUGGUGGCAGCCGUGUGGGAACAGCUAGGGCGCCGUGAUCUCGCCAACAUCCUCCGUGAAAUCAUCGGCGGGCAUGCCUUGGAUAUCGCCCUCUUCCAACAGGAUGCUCAGGCCUCGGUCGAGCCCCUCACCCGCGCCGUUUUCUGGAUCAAGACCAUUUUCGAUGCCCAGCGAACCUACCUGCAGGGCGUGGGAAGCGCCCGCGACUGCCACCCGUACUUCUCGCCCUACCUGUUGCCAUCCGAGACCGUCUUCUCGGCCUUGAUGUACCUGCUCAAGGUCAAGGUGGAACUGUUCCCCUGCAGCAAGUCCACCGACGGGGACCUCAUCCGGUACAGGCUCCUCAUCGCGCACACCGUCCUUGCGGGUAUUCGAGUGCUCCUGCUGCGCGGCGAGCCCAUUAGUACCGACCAGAAAUUCAAGCUGGAGCGCGCGUUGCGAGCGGCGUGGCGGAAUCCCGACCUGUCCAAUGUGGAGCGGUUCCUGAUCAGUGACCUCCUGCCGAAGGCGAUUGCUAGGAUUGGGUCCUCAGAUCUGUCAACAAGCCAGGCAUUCCUAUUGGACUGUGCCAAACCUUACAUCCCACCUUUCGCUACGGGUCUGUAUCCGAUUUCGGGAGCGCCAGAGACGCUCAUCACCGACCUCUUGACUGGUGUGAUGAAGAAUGAUGCCGACCAGCUGCUAUCCUUCUGUCUUCUGUUUGAUAUACUAUGGGCAGUCGACUCCGCUCUCGUCCAAUGCCACAUCGAUCGCCGUCGGAUUUCCCAGGAGCAAGGCUACACGAGCGCGGCAGCAUACCAAGUAGACGAGGCCUUCCACCAGGCUCAAGACGUCAAGAAGAAGCUGACGAGGACGGUUCUGGCUGCCUUUGAUGAUGAGUUCAAUACAGCGCCUCUUCGAGUGUUUGCGACUACAAUCCUGAGUCAGACGGCCGAAGAACACCCGCCUUUACAAACGAGGAGAAUCCGAGAUACCUGGUCCCAGCUCUUGCCCAUCCGAGAAUCGUGGGAGAGGGCUUCAGGGCAGUUCGUAAGAUGGCUCAUCAACCGCCGGGUCCAGAUGUGGGACUGCAACGGGGAGCUGGAGGCGUUCUCGCACGAUUACCAACAACACCUGACUCAGUGGCUACAGAGCUCCGCUGCUGCAGAGGUGGACCGAAAUCAAUCGAGGACGGGGCGAUCUACUGCAGUUUACGUUGUGAACUGCCCUGCGGUACACCCCGUUCCCGGUACGUUAUUAGAGGAACGACUUAAGACUCAUGACAAGAGAGCUUACGAGCAACUGCAAGGAAGUCCGGAGUUUCUGACAAUGGAUAUCGCUUGCCCCCUAUGCACGGGUAAUGUAAGAAUUCAGCACGCCCGAAUGAUCGAGCCACUCGAACAGCUAUCGGAUGCCCUGCAUUAUCUUUCGGACUCGGACACAGAGGGGCAUUACUCUCUACCAGAUUCAACCUCGAGGGAUACCACUUCCUGUUCAAGCUCACUCAGCCACUCCACCAGUCAUUCAUCCCGGUUCGAACCCGCCGAAUUAUUAAAAAGUCCAGUCUCAUCGCCACCACCGACUGCAGUGUCGAAGAUUUCCACCAAACAACCCACUACAACAACGACGGAAAUCUUCGCCCCAGUCCUAUCCCGUAGCAGGACAGACCAGUCUCUUGACAAGCAAUCGAUUAAGGCCAUCUCUAGAGACCUCAAGAACGUCAAACUGCCUUUUUCUGGUGGAGCAUCUCUGUUCAGGAGGAGUUCGGCAAGAGGACACCAACUGCCUCGUCAGCCCCGCUUCUGCUUCUCGACAUCAGGGAGCUGCCUGUUGUUUUGGGGCGCAGGCAGCAACUGGGUGAUGAGGUUUGACGUUAGCUCUGGGGAUAACAAGAAAGCCAAAGGCCACAAAUAUGAUAUUCCCGGUGUGCAACAGGCUGCUGCAGGGGACCAGCGCUGCGCCGUCAUUGCUUCUGCUGGCCAGCACUACGAGCUCCUCGUGUUUGAGAAUGACAGCGACGUCCCAGAAGCUUACCUGACGAUUGAAACCGAGAACCAGUCCUUCCCUGUCAGCUGCAUGGCGAUGUCUCGCAAUGAUAGAUAUGUCGCGUUCACCCUCAAAGACCAGGUUCGAGUAUACGAGAUAUGUACACGAACCAUCCAGAGGGUGUCACUAGGUAGUGGGUUAGAUGGACCGUCGGACCUCGGGGACAGAUCUAUGAUGGGCGGGUCUUCAAGUAAGGGAACCGAGUACGACGGAAAGCGACAGGAAGCGGUCAUUGAACGGAAGCUCCAGUUCUCCGCGGACGGGAAACAAUUCGUCAUCGCAACCCAUCUUGGGGACCACUACGCGUAUGUGGAUGUGUGGAACUGUACCUUCCAACAGUGGAAUAUUGUCCCCGAAAGGUCUAAGUCGUUCAAGCUUCCACCCUGGACGAACAACGACGGAGACCUUACCGGUGUGUUCUAUGACAGCACCCAUGAAGCGGUCCUUCUGGCCGCCUUUUUCGCAAAGGAGUACCCAUCGUUCUUCUCCAUGGCGGACGACAAGACCGUCAGCGAUUCUUUCAGCCCGCGAAUCGUACAUGCGGCACAGUCCCCAUCCGGGAGUCGAUUCGUGAUGGCGAACGGCACGGGCGACAUAUAUCUGUGCGAUGACAAGGUCAACGGACGCCUCAAGCCUACAAAGGUGAAGAAAGCCUCAUAUAAGAUCCACCCGUCGGUGUUCCGGCCGGGACAGCUGGCCUUGUCCUUCCCUCAAGAAACUGAGACGCUCGCCUUCUGGGUGAAAGCGGGCAAGUUGAUGCUGAGGACGGUCCGGAUGCUGGGCGGCACCGAGGCAGUCAGUGACUAUGACCUUCGAUCUGAUUUCGACCGGCUAGUGGUUGAACGACCAAUGGCCGCCGACUUCCAUACGCAACGCCGGCGACACUCUGUAUUGUCACACGGGCUGGUGGCGGAGAUCGAUGGCCUUCCCUCCAUCCCCCGGCCGGACCUGCCGGAGCUGUCCUCGAUAUAAUUCGGAGGUGGAGUCGGGGCAAUAGGGUUAAAUGAAUCGGCGGCAUUGUGGUGGAGGGUUCGGAUAUGGCACUGCCAUCUAUUUUGUAUUU